AUGGCGGAGGUUUCCGGCGAGGGAAGUGUCGGCAUGGCGGCGGAGCUGGCUCCCGGAGAGAGCAGCGGCAAUGCACAGGCAGCGACGCCACUUACUGUGUCUGCUUCGUUCAGGGAAGGAGGCAAGGGUUCGUCGUCGCGGCGGAGGGCGUCUAUACGGCCAAGCCUCGACGCCGAUGAUUUAAUAAACCUGCUCCAUGGUUCGGAUCCGGUGAAGCUGGAGCUCAAUCGACUCGAGAACGAAGUCAGAGAUAAGGAUAGAGAAUUGGGAGAAGCGCAGUCUCAGAUCAAGGCACUGAAGUUGUCUGAGAGACUUCGGGAGAAAGCUGUUGAAGAGCUCACUGAUGAGUUGGCAAAGGUAGAGGAAAAGCUCAAAUUAACAGAGUCUCUUUUAGAAAGCAAGAAUCUUGAAAUUAAGAAAAUUAAUGAUGAAAAGAAGGCCUCCAUGGCGGCUCAAUUUGCAGCAGAAGCAACUCUUCGCAGGGUUCAUGCUGCUCAAAAGGAUGAUGAUAUGCCUCCAAUUGAAGCUAUCCUGGCUCCAUUGGAGGCUGAGCUCAAGCUUGCUCGGCAGGAGAUAGUGAAGCUGCAGGACGAUAACAAAGCAUUAGACAGGCUCACCAAAUCAAAAGAGGCUGCUCUUCUUGAAGCUGAGAGAACUGUACAGGUCGCAUUAGCGAAGGCUUCUAUGGUGGAUGAUCUUCAAAACAAGAACCAAGAGUUAAUGAAGCAGAUUGAAAUUUGCCAGGAAGAAAAUAAGAUACUGGAUAAAAUGCAUAGGCAGAAGGUUGCAGAAGUUGAGAAGCUUACCCAAACGGUGCGUGAGCUUGAAGAGGCUGUACUUGCUGGUGGGGCAGCUGCCAAUGCUGUACGUGACUACCAGCGGAAAGUUCAGGAGAUGAAUGAGGAAAGAAAAACUCUUGAUAGGGAGCUGGCACGUGCGAAAGUAACUGCAAAUAGGGUGGCAACUGUGGUAGCUAAUGAAUGGAAAGAUGCUAAUGACAAAGUAAUGCCCGUCAAACAAUGGUUAGAGGAAAGAAGAUGCUUGCAAGGUGAGAUGCAGCAACUUAGGGACAAGCUUGCCAUUAGUGAGAGAACCGCCAAAUCUGAAGCCCAGUUGAAAGAAAAAUAUCAAGUAAGACUCAGAGUUCUUGAAGAGACUUUGAGAUCACCUAACACAGCAUCUCGAGGCAUGCCAGAUGGAAGGAGCUCAAGCAAUGGUGCUUCUCGCCGGCAGUCGCUUGGUGGAGCCGAAAAUAUUUCCAAAUUGACAUCCAAUGGCUUUCUUCCCAAGAGGUCCCCAUCAUUUCAACUCAGAUCAUCUGGUAGCAGUACAGUGUUGAAACAUGCAAAAGGAACAUCAAAGUCCUUUGAUGGUGGCUCAAGAUCUUCGGACAGGGCUAAAGUUCUCUUAAAUGGAUUAGGACUGAAUUUCAAGCAAAGCCAGUCUUGUGAUGGAACUAAGGAAACUGAGACUCAAAGUAGUAAAUGCAAAGCAACUCCAGAGAAUAAAUCAAUUGAUACACAAGUUCCAGAUACAGAGGAUACUGUGCCAGGGUUGUUAUAUGAUCUGUUGCAAAAGGAAGUGGUCUCUCUAAGGAAAGCUGGCCAUGAAAAGGAUCAGAGUCUUAAGGAUAAGGAUGACGCUAUUGAGAUGUUAGCAAAGAAGGUAGAAACUUUGACUAAAGCGAUGGAAGUUGAAGCCAAAAAAAUGAGAAGAGAGGUGGCUGCUAUGGAGAAGGAGGUGGCCGCCAUGCGCGUGGAGAAAGAACAUGAAAAUAGAGCGAAACGACUUGGGAAUUCGAAGGGUUCUGUCAAUCCACAGAUGCUGCCUGCAAGGAGUCUGUCAAGAAGUGGUUUGACGCGCAGCACACAAUAA